UCCGGGGUCAGGGUAUUCCGUCCCGCCCCGCCCCGCCACCGCUGUGGUGCUGGAAGCCCGGGUUCUCCCGGAAGUUGUCCUGGCCUCUCUUUGGGGGUCCCCUCCACGCCACUGCUGCUGAGGGCCGCCGGGGCCGCGGCGAUGGCGGAGGCGGCGCUGUUGCUGUCGGAGACGGCGGCUGAGCGGGACGCUCGGGAGAAGCUGGCUCUGUGGGAUCGGAGACCCGACACGACGGCGCCGCUGACCGACCGGCAGACGGACUCGGUGUUGGAGUUGAAGGCGGCGACGGAGAACCUGCCGGUGCCGGCCGAGCUCCCAAUUGAAGACUUGUGCAGCAUAACAUCCCAUUCCCUGCCUGUUGAGCUGACUUCAGUAGUGCCUGAAUCUACAGAAGAUAUUCUCUUGAAGGGCUUUACCUCUUUAGGAAUGGAAGAAGAAAGAAUUGAAACUGCACAGCAGUUUUUUUCAUGGUUUGCAAAACUGCAAACUCAGAUGGAUCAGGAUGAAGGAACUAAAUAUAGACAGAUGAGGGAUUACUUGUCUGGGUUUCAGGAGCAGUGUGAUGCUAUAUUGAAUGAUGUAAACAGUGCUCUUCAGCAUCUGGAGUCAUUGCAGAAACAGUAUCUUUUUGUGUCCAAUAAGACAGGAACCCUACAUGAAGCCUGUGAACAGCUCCUAAAAGAACAGUCGGAACUUGUCAGUCUGGCUGAAAACAUUCAACAAAAGCUUUCUUAUUUUAAUGAAUUGGAAACUAUUAACACAAAAUUGAAUUCCCCUACAUUGUCUGUGAAUAGUGAAGGAUUUAUACCUAUGCUGGCCAAGUUAGAUGAUUGUAUAACAUAUAUCUCAUCUCAUCCUAAUUUUAAAGAUUACCCUGUAUAUUUACUGAAGUUUAAACAAUGUCUUUCUAAAGCUUUGCACCUCAUGAAGACAUAUACUGUGAAUACACUACAGACCCUUACAAAUCAGUUACUAAGAAGGGAUCCUUCAUCUGUACCUAAUGCAGACAAUGCCUUCACAUUAUUUUAUGUAAAAUUUCGAACUGCUGCCCCCAAAGUCCGAACUCUUAUUGAACAAAUAGAACAGCGAUCUGAAAAAAUACCUGAAUACCAGCAACUGCUUAAUGAUAUCCACCAAUGUUACCUUGAUCAGCGGGAGCUCCUUCUGGGCCCUAGUAUUGCCUGUACUGUCACAGAGUUAACCAGCCAAAAUAACAGAGAUCAUUGUGCCUUGGUUCGCGGUGGCUGUGCCUUUAUGGUCCAUGUAUGCCAGGAUGAGCACCAACUUUACAAUGAAUUUUUUACAAAACCGACAUCAAAAUUAGAUGAGCUUUUGGAGAAACUGUGCGUGUCAUUAUAUGAUGUCUUCAGGCCACUGAUAAUUCAUGUUAUUCACUUAGAGACUCUGUCGGAACUUUGUGGAAUUCUUAAAAAUGAAGUGCUUGAAGAUCAUGUACAGAACAAUGCUGAACAACUGGGGGCAUUUGCAGCUGGAGUAAAGCAGAUGUUGGAAGAUGUACAAGAGCGACUUGUGUACCGAACUCACAUCUACAUUCAGACAGACAUCACAGGCUAUAAACCAGCUCCUGGAGACCUGGCAUAUCCUGAUAAAUUAGUCAUGAUGGAGCAAAUUGCUCAGAGUUUAAAAGAUGAGCAGAAGAAGUUACCUUCAGAAGCUUCAUUUUCAGAUGUUCGGCUAGAAGAAACAGAGUCUAACAGUCUCACAAAAUCUGGUUCAACAGAAUCCCUCAAUCCUAGACCACAUACCACGAUUUCUCCAGCAGAUCUUCAUGGAAUGUGGUAUCCUACAGUUCGAAGAACUCUUGUCUGUCUCUCCAAAUUAUACAGAUGCAUAGAUAGGGCGGUGUUCCAGGGAUUAUCACAGGAAGCAUUGUCUGCCUGCAUUCAGUCCUUACUGGGAGCAUCAGAGUCUAUCAGCAAAAACAAGACUCAGAUUGAUGGACAGCUUUUCUUAAUUAAGCACCUUUUGAUUCUUCGAGAACAAAUUGCUCCAUUUCACACUGAAUUCACCAUUAAGGAAAUUUCCCUGGACCUCAAGAAAACUAGAGAUGCAGCAUUUAAAAUCCUGAACCCUAUGACUGUUCCAAGAUUUUUUAGGCUGAAUAGCAACAAUGCCUUGAUAGAGUUCUUGUUGGAGGGUACUCCUGAGAUAAGAGAACAUUAUCUUGACUCUAAAAAAGAUGUAGACCGGCAUCUGAAAUCGGCCUGUGAGCAGUUUAUUCAGCAGCAGACCAAGCUGUUUGUAGAGCAGCUGGAGGAGUUCAUGACAAAGGUUUCAGCAUUAAAAACAAUGGCCAGUCAGGGAGGUCCCAAGUAUACCCUCUCACAGCAGCCUUGGGCACAACCAGCAAAGGUCAGUGACCUUGUGGUGACUGCCUAUAAGACAAUAAAAGCAAAGCUGCCUUUGACGUUGAGAAGUAUGUCGUUAUACCUGUCCAAUAAAGACACCGAGUUCAUCUUGUUUAAACCUGUUAGGAAUAACAUUCAGCAAGUCUUCCAGAAGUUUCAUGCUCUGUUAAAGGAAGAGUUCAGUCCUGAAGACAUCCAGAUCAUUGCUUGUCCUUCCAUGGAACAGCUGAACCUCCUGCUUUCGGUUUCUAAAUAGCAGGCUGGUUGGGCUGUGCAUGUCAGCGGUCUGUCUGGUGGGAACGGGAUGAGAAGUCUUGCAGCCUGCCAGGACACUGAGGAUCCUACAUGAAAUGUCCCCAAGAACCUCAAUACGUGCUGCUCAGUGCUGACUACAGAAGGAAACAUAAAGUGUUUAGAGUUUGGUGUUUCCCUUUUAAAAACAUCAAAAUGCCAAAGAUUAAUUGGUGAGCAGUGAUAGCUGCCUUAUUUAUGGUAACAAGAAAUGUAAGUUUUUAAGAUGUAGCCAUGGAGGGCUCACAGUGAAAUGUUUCUUCACAAAAGUUGUGCAAUAAAAAUAGGUUACAAUAAGUAGUGCAAAGAACUUUACAGAUAUCCAGCUAUCCAGAAAGCUGCUAAGGGUAAGGUUUGCUAAUACGUGAAACACUGCAACACUUUUAACCGCCCAGCAUUCCACAGUGACUAUUUUUUUACUUCCAGAAAUCUUAUUUCUAUACUCUAUUUAAUGUAAUAUUUCUCCUGUCAUUUUGAAGUUUAGUUGGGAGUAUAUUGGUUGCUUCUGAGAACGCAUCUUGCUUUCCUGGGAAUUCAGGGUGUUAUCAUUCUUCUUUUGAUGUAAGGUGGUUAAAGAUCAAGGAUCUCGGGUAAGGCCUGCCAUCUCUACUCCUUGAAUUGCUUAGGUACAGAGUGUUCAAAAGCAGGUAGCUGCAACCUCCUGGCGUAGAUAGGUUUGGGAUCUUUAAUAUGGGUCUUCCCAGAGCCUCAGUGAGUAUGAGGGAGCAGGAAUUACCAGUGAGGUGUCUUAAAUCUGGCACAUAAAAAUGAGAAGGGAAACUGGUGCAUAGGAUGAGUACCCUGUCUUAGAAGUGAAGCUUAGGCUUACAGCCUUCUGCACACCACCUUUGAUUCCAGCCAUUCUUUGAAAUGUGAACACUUGUGUGUUUUCAGCUACCUGUGCUAUGCUGUGCACCAGCCUUGAGGAUCUCUAGCCCUGCUGCAGCGGGACAUGUUAUCAACACACACAAGGAUACAAACACUGCCCACACUUCAGCACCACCAUACCAUAUCAGGGAUCACAAAUUGUGCACAUCUAUAAAUGUUUCUACAAAUUCCUUUUUGAAUUUGGAGUUGGAUUGGUUUUCUCUCUGCUGUUAUAGUAAAUGUAACCUGUUGUGGGGUUCAAAAAGAAUUCUGAGUCAUUUAAACUCUGGAGGUGGGACACUGCCGAGGAUUCUGGAAUGGGGCCAAAGGCCUUGUGGUGCAGGUGGUGCGGCUGUAGCAGUGCUCCUUGUGCGCUUAAGGCAGGCUCUUGCACAGUGUGCAGGUGGUCUGCCUAAACUGUCGUUUGUAACAGCUCAUCUGUUUUCAACCCUGUCAGAGGUAGAAAUUGCUUGAUAGAACUUACCACUCUUAUGUUUUGGGAAGGUAGAAGGAAAAAGGGUCCAUAUUCUUUCUUUGCCGUGAAAUGAAUGAAUUAGGAAGAUUGCAUUUACUUCCACUUACUCUUUUAAAUACAUGUUUAAUGAAACUGUAAAAUAUCCAGCUAGUGUAUUAUAUGUACAUUUGGUUUUUAAAUAGCCUUUCCAAAGAAAUGAGGGCAUGAUUAUUGUACAGUACUGUGACUGAUGUAGUUUGAUGUACAGAGCAGAUUUGUUCUUUGGGAUAAAAAUAUUUAAUGGCACUUUUUCUUGUGUUCUGAUCUUUUGUUUCUGAAACACUCAAACACCUUACAAAGUGCUAAGUAGGUGAUAGUGAUCCAACUUGUUUGCUAAAUGAAUAUUUGUUUAAAUCUGUACAGUUUCAAGUGUUUACUUAUACAAAGAGUGUACAUACUUUCAAAUAAUUAAUUUAAAAUGCUUUAUAUUAUUUGGCUAGAAAUUGCUGUUUUUAAUAAAUGAAUUUUUUUAAAAAAUAAAGAUUUUUGCUUCCUA